AUAUUGUCUCAAGCGCCCUGUUGAUGGAGGGGCGGGGAUGACAUAUUUGGGAAAACGGGCAAAACAACCUCCUCCGACUCCCCGCCAUCUCUUCUUUCCUACACACCCAACCUUCACCAUGUCCGUCAUCAACAUAUCCUCAACCAAUCAGUUCAGCGCACUUCUGAGCUCCUCACGCUUUGUCGUGGCCGACUUCUAUGCCGACUGGUGUGGUCCCUGCAAAGCUAUUGCCCCCGUCUACGAGAAGCUGGCGUCGCAGCUGUCCCGCCCGAACCACAUCACAUUUACCAAGGUCAACGGUGAUCAACAGACAGAGCUUGCGCAGGCAUACAGUGUCCGAGCAUACCCUACCUUCAUCGUCUUCGAGCAUGGCCGCAGCAUCAAGACCGUCGCCGGUGCCGACCCCCAGAAACUGAGCGAAGUGAUUCGGAGACUUGCAUCGGAAGCAACCAAUUCCGAUGGCGGAUCCGGCGAGGGAAGCGGUGCGACCUGGCUGGGGGCCGAGGUGGCCGCGCGAUACACCGACGUGACGGACCAGGUUGAUACCAAGGGAUUGGACCUGCUCAACCGGGACAACCAGUUUGGGGAGCCGCGCGUGUUGUUCGACACCUCCAAGCCCUCAGCUCUGGCUGGCAAGGGCAAGGGCAAGUCCGAGGGCAGCAGCAGUGGUGCCGACUGGGUCGAGAGCGACACGGACGAGCAGUUGAUGCUGUACCUGCCCUUCCAGUCGAAGCUUAAGAUUCACUCCCUCCAUGUGACAUCCUUCCCUCCUGCUGCCGGCGAGAGCGACGUUGAUGACGACGAGCUGCCCAUGCGACCGCGCACCAUCAAACUGUACACCAACACUUCACAUGUUCUUGGAUUCGAGCAGGCUGAGGACACGAACCCGGAGCAGACGAUUGAGAUCAAGCCAGAGCAGUGGGAUGCGAAGACGGGGACUGCGACGGUUGACUUGCGGUUCGUCAAGUUCCAGAACGUGACCUCGCUGGUUAUUUUCUUCGUGGACGGCGAAGGCGAGAGCGAGAAGCUGCGCGUGGAUCGCAUUCGCCUCAUUGGUGAUGCCGGCGAGAAGCGGGCCAUGGGCAAGCUGGAGAAGAUUGGCGACGAGCCUGGCGAGUAAAAAGUGAUAGACACUGGUUGGACAGGAAGAUUACAUUUUAUUUUUUGAGACACUUUGGCAUGGUAGACCUUUUAGGAGAGCGAUCAAUGAACGACAAGACCAGAUAUACCAAGGCGAAGGGGACGUGAAUGUUCCUCGAGCCGCAAAGCCACACGUUACGACCGUCAAGAAAAAGCUACAAUGAACAAGAUCGGAAGCUCUGAGAAAUCUCUUUUCAUAUUUAUAAUUUUGACUGAAACUAUCUGAAGAUUUCUAUAUGGCCCACCACAUUUGAGGGCAUAUAAAAAUGAAAUGUCCGAUCCCAAACCAAAAGGUCUCAUCCUUGAAAAAUCAGAAAGACCUAUAAAGUAAGAACCGGUGUGCAAUUCCGUUCGUCUGUGGCGCAACCGACACCUGGUAACAUCACUGAAGGCCUCUUUGACAAAGGCCGUGGACUGUCCAAGCAACACGGGUAGGUAUUAAAUUUGAAGCUGCGC